AUGAACAAUGACUUGUGCAUGUAUGAUGGAAAGUUGCGAAUUGUGUUUGCUGGUAAUCCUCAUCUGUUUUGUUACAAGCACUUGGUGGCAAACCUUGCCAGUAAAUAUAGGGGUAAAGGUAAUUCAAAACUGAUAGAAGAUGUAAAGCAGAAGUUUUUUAAGGUUGCAUAUUCGUCUACACAGAAGGAAUACCGUUUCAAUUUGCGGUUGCUUAGAGCAGCUGGAGGUGCUGAUAUUAUUGACCCUUUUCUUUCUGAAUUGCCUGUGGAAAAUUGGUGCCGUGCAUUUUAUACUAGCUACCGAUAUGGAAUUAUGGCUAAUGGGAUUGCUGAAUCAUUUAACUCUUGGAUUGCAAUUGAGCGUUUGAUGCCAGUCUACUGUAUGCUUGACCAGACAAGAAUUAAACAAAUGGAGAUGGCGGAUAAAAGGAGGGAAGAAGCAGAACGUUGGACCACAGAACUAACUCCCAAAAUGGAGGAAAGGUUGAAGGUGCAGAUGGAGAAAUCUCGUCGUUUCAGUGUCCAUUAUUCAAGUCCUGGAGUUUAUGAGAUCAAUUGUUUUCCUUGUCCUCACGGCCUUGCUGCAUUACAAGCUGCCUCUGAAAAUGUAUAUGAUUAUAUUAAUAAGUACUUUCAUGUUGGUAUGUUCAAGAAGAGCUACAGUUUUCCUAUCCAUCCGAUAACCAAUGUUGAUAUGUCUUCUUCGGAUUCUGCCUCUGAAUGUAUAUUACCUCCCCUUGCGAAGAGGCCCCCCGGGAGGCCUAGGGUGAAGCGGUUCAAGUCGGUUGGAGAGGUUGAAAAGAAGCUGAUUCGUUGUGGUCGUUGUGGAAAAAUGGGUACUCAUAACAAGUUGAGCUGCACUGAACCUCUAGUUCAGCAGUAG